CAGUCAGUCGGCGAAGAAAGCUGAAGCGAUUCGGUUAUUUCAUGUUAAUUGUUUUUUCACAAAUCCACUGACCUCUAAUUUUUUAUAAACGCGGGUGUUCGGUGUGAAGGCAAGAGUGUUUAUCUACAUACAUACACAAAUAUAAAUAUUGGGUUGUGUUGUUUGAUUUAUAGAGCGUGAGGGAUGACAGGACUAACGCCCGGCCACUUGUUGCUGUUGCUUGGCCUUUGUUGCACACUGGUGCAAGCCAGUUACCCACUCAAAAUACUAGGUUUAUUUCCACACCCAGGCAUUAGUCACUUCCACUUCUUCCACCCCAUUAUGCGAGGCUUGGCCGAGAAGGGUCAUGAUGUUACUGUGUUAAGCCAUUUUCCCGAUAAAAGCCCGCCGGCACGUUACAAAGAUCUGCCGCUAACACGUCAUGAAACUUUGACGAAUAGUGUGGACUUGAAGUUCUUUGAAACGCAACACUUCUACAAUCACUUUGUGGAAUUCCUUUUGAUCCACGAAUGGGGGAAGGACGCCUGCAAUCUCACAUUGCGUUCCGAUGCUUUGGCACAGGUGCUGCGACAGCGCCAACAUUUCGAUGUGAUCAUCAUGGAGCAAUUCAAUAGCGAUUGCAUGACAGCGGUGGCACAUCAACUCAAGGCGCCAUUCAUAGGGUUGAGCAGUUGUGCUAUGUUGCCUUGGCAUUACGAUCGCGUGGGAAUGCCCAUGGUACCAUCAGUUAUGCCAAGUUUAUCUAUGGGACAAUCCGAGGACAUGACAUUCGGCGCUCGUCUCGCCAACUGGUUUACCGAUCACGCCAUGCGUUUCCUUUACGAUUUUUACACCACGCCCACCAUCGACGCCAUGGUACGCCACAAGUUCGGACACGAUAUGCCCUCGGUUGGCGAAUUGGCGAAAGAAACAUCAAUGUUAUUCGUCAAUCAGCAUUUUUCUUUGAGCGGUGUCAAACCGUUGCCACCGUCCGUUAUCGAUCUCGGCGGCAUACACAUACAGAAGGCCAAGCCGCUGGAUCCCGAACUGCAAAAGUUCCUCGAUAAUGCCGAACAUGGUGUGGUCUUCAUUAGUUGGGGUUCUAUGAUACGCGCCGACACUUUGCCGCCCGCCAAACGUGAGGCUAUCGUACGCGCUGUGAAGCGACUCAAACAACGAGUGAUUUGGAAGUGGGAGAACAGCACUCUAGCGAACAAGCCGGAUAAUCUGUAUGUUAGCAAGUGGUUGCCACAACGUGAUAUACUCUGUCAUCCGAAUGUGAAGGUGUUCUUAUCGCAUGGCGGUCUAAUGGGUAGUUCGGAGGCGACUUACUGUGGUGUACCGGUAGUGGUCACGCCCAUGUAUGGUGAUCAGUUUGUGAAUGCGGCAGCAUUAAGGUAUCGCGGUAUGGGUGUGGUGCUGAAAUAUAGCGAUAUCACUGAGAAUUCAGUGCUACGUUCAAUAAGAGAGGUGUUGAAGAAAGAAUAUAUGGAUAACGCCAAAGCGGUCUCAUUCUCCUACAGACAUCGUCCGCAGAGCGCACUCGAGACCGCCAUAUGGUGGGUGGAAUAUGUCGCAAAAACCGAGGGUGCGCCACUUCUUAAAGCUCACGCCGUGCAAGUAUCGCGCUUCGUUUACUACUCUUUGGAUAUUUAUCUAUUCAUUGCUGCCAUCAUAUUCACAUCAGUUGUGAGUUGGAGCUUUGUAUGUAGUAGAUGGUGCUCGCGACGUCCAAAGGCCGCUAAACAAAAGUCAAAUUGAACAAGGAGGUGAGGAUUUCAGAUUGAGAGAGAGUUAGUUAAAUUUAAAUUUAGACAAUAAAUUUAAAUUUAAGCAUUAUUUGCUCCCUUAAAUAUAUUAGAUAACAAAUUGCAAUGUAGUUACCAAAAUUAGCGUAAUUUAGCUCAUAAAGAGCGUGGAAGAAAUAUAGAAAUGCCUAAACAUUUUCGCCAAAAGGGGGAAAAAAUAGUUAAAUUAAAAAAAAAAUAAAUGAAAGUUGUUUACAAA